AUGGGCAUAUCGGGUUUAUUACAUUUCUUAAGACAGAUUAAAGGCCAAGGCAUUGUUACUUCAAUCUCAAAGUAUUCAGGGAUGACAGUGGCCGUAGAUGCCUCUUGAUGGAUCCAUCAAGGAGCCUAUAGCUGAGAUUUCAGUGAAGGGAUUGAGAAUUGUGCUAAGAAAAUCAUUAACUUUGUACUAAAGAAGCUCAGAAUGCUUCUUGAACACAAAAUAAAGCCCAUAAUAGUAUUCGAUGGGGCUCCAAUUCCAAUGAAAAACCGGAUUCAGGAAGCCAGAGCCAAACUCAGACUAAAAUCUAGAGAGAAAGUAGCCAGGAUGCUCAGAGAAGGUAAUAAUGAUGCUACUAAAAAGUACGGAGAGGGGUUUACCAUGACUCCUUAUUUGGUAAAUAAACUGUAUAAGAUCAUUAAGAGUCAAGGCUGCACCUGUAUCGUGGCUCCUUAUGAAGCAGAUGCUCAGCUUUCCUACCUCUUUAAGAAAGGAAAGGUGGACAUGGUCUUCACUGAAGAUUCUGACCUCAUCGCUUAUGGAGUGACAAAACUGUUCUAUAGGUAUGACAAUGAAGGCAAAGGAUAUGAAAUUGACAUGGAAGGGCUAUUUUAUGAAGACCAACUUUCUGAUAAAAUACGAGGAGAGCUCCCACACCAGAUUUACAACAUUGAUGACUAUCUCGAGCCUAACUCUUUCGAGAAUCACUCAGAGGAAGAUGCUUCAAUAUGCUCUAUUGGGAGUCACAAGGCAUCUCAGGCAAGUUCCGAUAGAGAUCAUGUUGAAAAAGUGCCUAUUUUCAGUAAGGAAAAGUUCUUACUGAUCUGCGUUUUGGCAGGAUGAGACUACAUUGAGCCAAUCAAAGGAGUUGGGUUUAAGACUGCAUACAAACUUCUGACACAAAAUCCGACUGUGAAGAAGGCUAUCAUGAGUAUCAUCGCUCAGAAGAAGUAUACCGUUCCUCAGGGAUACCUUGAGAACUUCAAAUUAGCAAUCAUGACUUUCCUAUUUCAGGUAGUCUACGACCCAGAAAGAGAGGAAUGAAUAAAUCUGACUAAUCCUGAAGAGAACAAGGAGUAUGGCGACUUGUUCUUAAACUACAAGAAUCAGGACUUCUUAGGUCGGAAAAUUCCGAAGGAGUAUGCCAAGGACAUCUGUACCUGCCAGAUAGAUAUCAGGACUAAGAAGCCAUUUGACAUGAACAGCCUGUUUCUAGAAUACUGAGAAUUGAACAAUCCGUUGUUUUUGACUAAUUCUUCAGAGGAUGAAGAAAAGUCUAACGGAUUAAAGGAAAUUUCUGAUCCAUUGAAUAUAUUAAUACACAAGAAAAAGAAGCCAGCCACUGUUCAGAAGAAGUUCAGCUUCACUCUUGGAAAGAAGGUUCGACCCAGGAGAAAGCGCAGAAUUCCCUCUCCUUUCCGGGAUAAAUUGGUAGAGGAUGUUGUAAAUUUGGAUCACCUUAAUGAAGCCAGGCGAGACAAGAACUCAAAGAUGAAGAGAUUUAAGCAGCUUAUAUUGACAGAAAAUGAUAAUGCGAUCGGUAAUUCAGACUCAGAAGAGGAUGUACCUUCAAACUCUCUCAUGGCUAUGUUUAAACGAGCCAAAAGGAGUGAGGAGGACACUGGACACAAGGAUGUGAUGAUUCCUAAAUUUCAAACAAUAAAGAAAAAGACUUUUAUGAGUUCUAUCAAGACUAGUCCUGAUCUAAAAGAGGCUGAGGGAGUUCCAAAGCCGGCCAAAGGUACUGCAAGCUGUCAGGACUUUAUGCUGUACUAAUCUUGAAACACUCUUACCCCAAUAUGUAUAAUUUCU